UUCAAUAAAAAAAUAAAGCAAAAACAUUCAAAAGAAGGAAAAAACAGGUCAAAUGUUAGGAGAUUGUGACAGGUGUCAUUUGAGCUAACUUUUCCUUUAAUUUCCCCCAAACUGUCAAGUAAAAUAAAUACAAAUUUCACACGUUUACAGCCAAAGUCACCCUUAAAAAGGCUUCCACAAAAAAAUUCAGAAAAGCUCUGGAGAAUAAAAAAAUAUGACAGUGAAAUAUAAGGAUUUUGUCAUUUGAGCUGAUUUUUCCUUUAAUUUUAACCAAAACUGUUUAAAAAAAUAACUCAAAAUGUCACACAGUGACAGUCGAGGUCGUCCGGAACACAAUUUCACUGACAAUUUCAGAAAACAUGUUAAAAUUCAGAAAAAAUGUCAAAGACUGUUAUUCAGACGUCACAUUGAACGAGACUCAUCGUUUCUGUUUUUUAUUGGAGAAAAUCUAAAUCUUGACAUUUGAGAAAUAACUAAAACCCAAAUAAAACCAUAUUUUAGAUUUCACUCUGAUAUUUUGUCCAAGAAAAAUGAAAAAAAAAAACAAAAACAAAAAACAGACAGGAUUCAUGAAAGUCACAUACAUACAUAAAAACAAUAACAAUGAAUAUAUAUUACAGUAACAGAAAAGAGGAGAAACAGGCUGCUGUGGCUUUUAGUUUGCAUGUAAAGGAGAAACUGUUAACAACAUGAAUUCGCAGCUGCUGGAGUUUCUUCUGUUUGUUGUUGUGACGCCACUCGUUGGUUUGUGAACGACUGCGUUUGUCCUCACAGCCGUCGCCAUCUUGUUUCUUUGGAGCCAGAAGAGGAUUUUUGGUAUUUUACAGGAUUUAUUGUGUGUUCAACAUCACAGAGUGUCUAUAGUCUGACGAGGAGCGGCAGCGUUCUCUCAGUUCAGGCUCAGUUUUACUGAAAUCUGUGAAAAAAAAUAAUAAAAAAGUUUAAAAUCUGUUUGUAUUUGUGAUCUUUGAACUCUGUGUGUGUUGACUGUUGAGGUUCUCUUGUGUCAUGGUCGGAUGAGAGAAGGGGAGGGCCGUCUGUCAGCUGCAGCUGGUCCUCCACAGGCUGAAGGAGUCCGAGUCAAGAGGUCUCAGUAUUCUUUGUGGAGCGGGUCAUGACCCACCGGGCUCUGGGAUGACAACAAAAAUCAUUCAUUUCAUGGUGAACGGGCGGCUGGAGCAGGCCGAGUUCGGACCCGACUGCUCCGCUGCUGAUGUCAAAGAUCUGUUCCGGGCGGCGGCGGAGGUUGGGCCUCACCACAUCCUGAAGAUGUACAACACCAACGGUGGCGUGCUGAACAUCUCCCCCCAGCUGGAGGCCAACAGCCAGGACUCGUACUACCGGCUGGAGGUGGUGGCGUCGGAUCUAAAGAGUGUGGGGAUGCCGACAGAGCUGGACAACAUGGAGAGCAGGCUGCAGCACCUGGAGAGCAAAGUGAUGGAAGACGUGGGGAAGACUCCCGACAUCAUCUGUGAGCUGAAGAGCCAGGUGGAGUCCUUCAAGAGGAAGCUGGAGAGUGUGGUGCACCUGAGCUGGAUGGGUCUGUUCAAGGACGGCAGCGAGCAGCAGCCCUCCAAGAUCCCCCCGAAACCCGGAAGUCCUCAGCUGAGCGUGCAGGAGGAGCGCCAGCAGGUCCGCAGGAAGUUCUUCUACAUGAGCUCACUGCAGGUGACAGAAGAAGUGCGAGAACACCUGAAAACUCCAAUUUUUAACAACUGGCAGUGGGAGGAGGCGGAGAUGCUGGUGCUGCUCCAGGUGAUGUUCACCGACCUGGACUUCCUGUCAGCGUUCCACAUCGAGCUGGAAGUCCUGCAGAACUUCCUGUUUGAGGUCUACUGCCACUACAACAGCAUCCCCUUCCACAACUUCAGGCACUGCUUCUGCGUCACUCAGAUGAUGUACGGGCUGAUCUGGCUCACAGACCUCAGGAGUAAAUUAUCAAGAAUCGACGUGUUGAUCAUGUUGACGUCGGCACUCUGCCACGACCUCGACCACCCCGGCUACAACAACGUCUACCAGAUCAACGCUCGGACCGACUUGGCUCUUCGCUACAACGACAUUUCCCCUCUGGAGAAUCACCACUGUGCGGUGGCGUUCGGCAUCCUGUCCAAGCCCGAGUGCAACAUCCUGAAGAACCUGACGUCUGAGCAGUACAAGCAGAUCCGAGGAGGGAUGAUCAAGUGCAUUCUGGCCACCGACAUGGCGAGACACAACGAGAUCCUCAACAAGUUCAAAGUCAUGCAGCCGGUUUUCGACUUCACCAACAAGGACCACAAGGAAGUGCUGAUGAAGAUCAUGGUGAAGGUGAGCGACAUCUCCAACGAGGCGAGGCCGAUGGAGGUGGCCGAGCCGUGGCUGGACUGUCUGCUGCAGGAGUUCUUCAACCAGAGCGACACAGAGAAACUCAAAGGUCUCCCGGUGGCUCCCUUCAUGGACCGGGACAAAGUGUCCAAACCGUCUUCUCAGACCAACUUCAUCCGGUUCGUCCUCCUGCCGCUCUUCAGCGAGCUCACCAAGCUCUUCCCCUGCCUGGAGCAACAUAUUCUGGAGCCGGUGCGCCGGGCCCUGCAGUAUUACUCCGACAUGGAGAGAGCCGCCAAGGAGGAGGAGGAGACGAGCAAGACAUGAGGAGGACGAAGAGCAGCUGACCGACACUCUGAGAUAGAUACGUUUGAAAUGUGUGUAGGACUGAAUCGCUUCACAGGCUUUUAACGUUUGUUGAGUUCUAAAGAUGUCGAGCAGAACUAGUUUGUUUUAGCGCUGGUGCCACAUUAUCCAACAUCUCCUCGUGUUCAGAACCAGAACUCAUCCCUGCAGUAUUGUCAGAACAUCGAUACCCAGAUAUCUCCACAAACAAACUGUGAUAUUGAUCAUGUGCAGCAAUAAAGCCGACAAACAUUGUGAUUCAUCUUCUGAAG